AUGCACAAGGUCAGGGCCACAACGACACUGAACGGGAGACACAAACGUACAAACACCACAGACAUCAAAUAUGAACCCUGUCUAGAGGCAAAAGGUCAGGGCCACAACGACACUGAACGUGAGACACAAACCUUGACCGUGGCCUCCGAGCCAUCGUGUCCAGAGUGCUCAAAAUACGACUACGAAGAAAAGGUGCUCGAGAGAAUGAUUCGCAUAGAGUUCGCUUUUGAGAAUGUGUUAAAGGAAAACAAGGCUGUGAGCAAAACAGUUGAGGAAGAUCUAACGCGGAUAAAGGAAGAAAACGAACGUUUACAUGCGACCGUUGAUGUCCUUAAAGACCAACAGGAGCAAGCAGAACGAAAACUGGUUUCGCUCAUGGAGGAUGUCGAGAAAAACCAGUCCAGCACACUGGAGAAGAUAGUUUCCGAUUCUAACACUACGUUAGAACAAACCAUUGCCGCCUUCAAUGAUAUAAAAGACCAAAUCGCUACUCCACUGGUGUACUUCAACGCUCACGUUCCACAGACCACCAGCCUGUCUACAGGCGAGGUGAUAGUGAACAAGACAGUGGAGACCAACCAGGGAAGCGGCUACAGCUCCACCACGGGCAAGUUCACAGCUCCAGUACGGGGACUCUACAUGUUUUUCAUGCAAACUUGUACAACUUCAAAUAAACAUGCUUAUCUCCAGAUAGUGAAGGAAGGCUCAGUCCUCAUGGCAAGUCUACAGUAUGACAAGGACGCUUAUUCCUGUUCUAGUAGUCAAGUGUUUGUUCAGCUUGAUACCGGUGAAACUGUCUGGGUACAAUGCUCCAGUGGGGACUCGAGCAGACAACUGUAUGAGAGUCAUCCACACCAAUGGACCAGUUUUGGUGGUGCUCUCAUUCACAACUGACUUAGGUCAUUGUUCUUAAAAACCGAAACGGCAGAAAAGAUACAAUAAAUGUGAAAGUUAAUUUCGAAAAAAAUACGAAAAGUUAUUUUAAAAAUAAGAUUAAUAGGGAUGAUCGCGCGACUUAUUUUGUUAUCAUUUCCCGUCGUAAUACAUUGUUAGAUAUCGUAUGUGAACACCGCCUGUAAAACUGAAAGCACAUACGUUAAAUUGAAUUUUAUUUGUAUUAUAACUCAGAUUGCUGUAUCCACAUGUUUUAUGUUUUGCCGAUUCUAAAUAAACUUUAUUUGUAUUUAAUCGGGAGUGAAUGUAUCUGUUUCUCCUAUUGAAUUUGAGGCCAUAGAGUCAAAGGUCAAGGUCAAUCCGUUGUUUAAAACUCUUCUUCCAGAUAGUCGUUUGUUUUGUUGGUUUGUGAAUACAUGUCAUUAAUAACAAUAAAUUAAAUGUAUAUUACAAACUAAUA